GUCCUGGAUUCGAUGUGGACGAAGCUGUGCUUGAUUAGGCCAAGGAUUCUGUUGGCCUUGCCAACGGCGGUCGCCGCCUGCUCCCUGAAUUUAAGUAGUCUGUCCAUCUGGACUCCCAGGUCUCUUUCUAUGUCAACAGUCGUCAAUGCAGCGCCCUCGAUUGUGUACUCCGCCCGCACGUUUUGGCUGCUCAGGUGAAGCACUGUACACUUGGAUGGAUUGAAUGGAAGAUUCCACCUGCGAGACCAGGCCGCCAGGGCGUCCAAAUGCUGCUGGAGCUUCCUGCGGCCAAUCUCGGUGCCGGCUCCGACAUACACCUUCGUUACGCAUGAUCAGCGAAGAGCUUGUAUGUGCUCUCGACGCAGCCAGGUCUGUUGUUUUUCUGAUGAACAAGACUCAAGACAGCACAUAUUGUGAAUCAUUGGUUCAAGAAGCAAGGGCUAAGCUUCGCCUAUCAUUCCUAGAGGUCAUAUCUUCUCUGAAAGGCCGUGAGGCAGAGUUCGGACUGCAGGAGGGCGGCGUGGUGCAUGGUCGUCUGGCGGCCUGCGACCGAGACGGACUGCACCUGCACGUGGCCGAGCUGCGCACGCCGCUGGCACACCACGAGCACGCCACGCUGCGUACCAGCGACGUGAUCAGCAUGCGAGUCCGGCUGCCGGCCGGCGACAGUCAGCUCUGAGCCAGGUCCGGCGUGCCAACGCGCCAUGUCCCUGCUGGAGGAUCGGGACGCAGUGCGAUCCGCUCCUGUCGUAUCCGCUCCGUGCUCGUCUAAGGUGUUCGCCGCGCUCGUUGACGGCCAGCACAUCGACUUCGCCGCCGCUGUGUUUGGCGAGACGGACUUUCUGUGCAUCACCGAGUACCAGAAACUGGGCACUAUCGUUCAGGUGGAGAUCGAGUCAUCGAAGGUCGUGGAAGGCCCCAACAAGAUUUACAACACACGGGUGCUACUCGGGGAGGACUCGGAGUCGGUCCGAGCCGCCGCCCGCUUUCUCGCCGAACAGCUGGCCACGCGCAAACAGCUGAUCGUGACGCUGGCGCUGCGGCAGCUCACGCCGGCGCUGCUGAAGAAGAUUGUUCCCGUGGUGAAGGAAAACAGUCAGGAGACCGGUCGGUAGAAAGAUGGCGGCCGUGUCGCCGGUGCGGUUCGGUCAGGUGGUGGUCGGCCCGCCCGGCUCCGGGAAAACCACCUACUGCGCCGGCAUGGCCGAGCUGCUGCGCGGCACCGGUCGGACCGUGGCGCUCGUCAACCUGGACCCGGCCAACGAGACGCUGCCGUUCACGGCCGACCUCGACCUGGCCGAGCUGGUUACCGUGGAGGAUGUGAUGCGCGAGCUGCGCCUCGGCCCCAACGGCGCCCUGCUCUACUGCCUCGAGUACCUGGAGAAGAACAUGGACUGGUUGCUGCAGCGGCUCGCCGCCCUAGGAGACAAGUACAUCCUGUUCGACUUCCCCGGACAGGUGGAGCUGUACACCCACAACGCGGCCGUGCCGCGCAUCCUCCGCCGGCUGGAGAAGGCCAACUUCCGUCUGACGGCCGUCAACCUGGUGGACUCGCACUACUGCAGCGACCCAGGAAAGUUUGUCUCGGUGCUCCUUUCGACCCUGGCCAUGAUGCUUCAUCUGGCCCUGCCACACAUCAACGUACUGUCGAAAAUCGAUCUGGCUGAGAAAUUCGGAAAGCUGCACUUUGGCUUGGAUUUUUAUACCGAGGUGAUGGACCUGGAGCGGCUGGCCGAGCUGCUCGACGACGACCCGUUCACACGCCGCUACCGCCGGCUGACGGCCAAGCUGACCGGUCUGGUCGAGGACUACGGGCUCGUGUCGUUCGUGCCGCUCAACGUGUCCGACAAGGCGACCAUGGCGCGUGUGCUGCGCUCUGUCGACAAGGCCAACGGCUACGUGUUCGGUGCCGGUGAGGAGCGCUCCAUACAGACGCUGCUGGCGUGCGCGGUGGGCGCCGAGUUUCAGGAUGACGUGGUGGGAGCGGCCGCCGAGCAGUACGUGCCGGCCGGUGGGGACAUGGAGGCAGAGUGACGGCAGCCGGGGAACAGAUACAUGGAGGCAGAGUGACGGCAGCCGGAGAACAGAUACAUGAAGGCAGCGUAACGGCAGACGCUGGCAGACCGCGUCCUCCGGCCGCUGGCAGACUGAUCGUAGCAGAGACUCAGGUCGGUCCGGUUGUGAUAACUGAGGUCAGAUCGGUCAGGCGAACAGUCAGCUGGGGCUAUAUCGGAACGGAGGCUGUGUGCCUUGGCUACGGUGUUGCCUUUUCUGUCAAAAGCGACGCGAUUACGGGCUGUUGUGAUGACGGUGAUGAAGGAUUGGUGAUAAUGUGCUUCUUAGACGCCGUUUUGUCUGCUCUUUAAACAUGUCGAAAGUCGCCUUGUGAAAAAAUGAUCGACGCAGAUUGUUAUUUUUUCGUCUUUUGCUCUUGUACUGUGUACGUAUCUCCGCCGGUCAGCGUUAUAACACGCAUGCCAUCUCACUACGCGGUCCUCCUCAGUCAUGUUAUGCCAUGUUCAGGUGUGCUCAAAAUACAUUGAUCAUUUCGCCA